AUGAAGGUCUUCGUUACUGGAGCUGCGGGUUUCAUCGGACGUGCGUCCGUCGAAGAGCUUCUCAAACAUGGUCAUACCGUUCUGGCGCUCGCUCGCAGUGAUUCCAGUGCCGAGACCCUCCGGAAGCUUGGUGCAGAAGUCCACCGGGGGGACCUUGAGGACCUGGAGAGUUUGAAAGCAGGUGCUGCAGCCUCUGAGGGUGUCCUGCACCUGGGCUUUGUUCAUGACUUCUCGCGGUUCGCGGCAGUCUGCCAGAUCGACCAGAAUGCCAUUGCUGCCAUGGGAAGCGUGCUCUCUCCCGGACAGCCCCUGGUCAUUGCAUCCGGCACCCUGGGCCUGAUCGAAACCGAUGGACCCGGAGACGAAUCGACGCCCGACAACAGGGAGCUCGGCGACUUCUCGAAACGAGCAGAGUCCGGGGACUUGGUUAGGCGUCUCUCGGACGAGAAGGGCAUUCGAGGAAUGGUCAUCAGAUUUAGUCCUUCGGUACAUGGGAAAGGUGACGGUGGUUUUGUGGCCGCGAUCAUCCAAGCAGCAAGGAAAAGUGGCAAGAGCGUAUACAUCGAAGGCUCAGACGCUUGCUGGCCUGAAGCUCACCGCCUCGACACUGCGGCACUCUGCAGACUUGCCCUGGAGAAGGGCAAGCCUGGAGCAACUUACCACGGUAUCGCGGAGCAAGGGGUUCCCGUCAAGGAUCUGGCCGAGUUGAUUGGAAGAAAGCUUGAAUUGCCGGUCGAAGCUGUUAGUUUCCAAGAAGCUCAGCAGUCCUUGGGCUUCUUUGCUAUGGUCAUGUCGAGGAAAAAUCCUGUCUCAUCCGAAAAGACGCAGCAAGAGUUGGGCUGGAAGCCGACACAGCCGGGCUGGUUGGAGGACGUUGAGGAGAACUACUUCACCAAAGAGGCGCUCGAGAAGGAAAUCAAGUAUUAG